CACGGGAACCUCUGGCCGGUUCACAAAGCCCACAGAAGAGGGGCCCUGAGCGCCGAGCUGAGUGGCCGCGCCUGCGCCCCGUGGCCACCAGGUGUCGCCGCGGCGUCCCGGAGCCGGGGGGCGGAGCGGCUGCAGAUCGCCAGGAGUAUGUGGACGCUCGGACGUCGCACGGCUACCCGCCUCCUGUCCCGCUCGGCGCCCGCGGGCUCGGCCAAGACCCGCGGCGCGGGGGCAUCGUGGGCCGCGAAGAACAUCCCACUCUGCGGCCGCCGGGACCUGCGUGCGGGGACCGCCGCGGCCUGCGCGCCUGGCCCUGCGAGUUUGCGCCUCCACUGCCUCAACCAGAUGCUGAAUGUCAAAAAGCAGAAUGUCUGUUUGAUGACCUUGAGGACAACAGGAACGUGGGGCGACCCGGGUGCUCUAGAUGAGACCACCUAUGAAAGACUGGCAGAGGAGACACUGGACUCCUUGGCAGAGUUUUUUGAAGACCUUGCAGACCAACCUUACACAUUUGAAGACUACGAUGUCUCCUUUGGGAGUGGUGUUUUAACAAUUAAACUGGGUGGAGAUCUGGGAACCUACGUGAUCAACAAGCAGACCCCAAACAAGCAAAUCUGGUUGUCUUCGCCAUCCAGUGGACCCAAGCGCUAUGACUGGACUGGGAAAAACUGGGUGUACUCCCACGAUGGUGUGUCCCUCCACGAGCUGCUGGCCACGGAGAUGACUAAAGCCUUGAAAACCAAACUGGACUUAUCUUCUCUGGCCUAUUCUGGAAAAGACACUUGAUGCCCAGCCUAAUUCUAAAGACAUUAAAAACUAUUAAGCCAAGACCCCAGCUUCAUUCUGCAGCUGAAUGUCUAGUUUGUUCCAUUCCUGCUUUUGAGGACAGUUACAUUGUGUAUAACAGCUCUGUGAAAAGACUACAUCACCUCCCACCCUCCCCCUGACUUUGGAUUUUUAAUUUCCGUAGUGUUUUUGGAUUUAUUGUCUGGUUUCCUCCUUCACAUGAUAUCCCUUACCUUUAUCAUGUCUAUAUAUCCAUAUCUUUUUAUAUAACCUUACAACAAAGAAAAAUAAUAAGAAGGAAAAAUGCUGAGAGGAGAAAUGAA